AUGGAAUCUGUUUUCAGAAUUGCUGAAUCUGGCGAUGGAUAUCUAGCUGUUGAACGCAGUUCAUUUGUCCUAAGAAAAUUAAAGAGAGAGAAUAAAAUAGACGAAGCAAUUGAUUUCUUAAUUAAAUUAGCUCAUAAAUUAGGUGAUGCAGGUCAGUGGCCAGCAGCAUCAGUUGCUGCCCUCCAUUCUAUUGAAACCAUUCCCAAGGAUGCAAAGACUAUUUUAACUUCAAUUAAAAGAUUAAUGUUCAACUUCAUUGAAAGAGCUCCACCAGAAGCAGCAACACCAGAAUUCUUCACAUAUGCUAAGAAAUACUCAGAAAAACUUGGAGAUAGAGAUCAUUUUAUUUUCAAGAAGAAAUUCGAUUUAGCUUUUGAAACAAAGCAAUAUACAAACGUUCAUUGCAUUCUUUUCGUUGAAUUGUCAACUACAGGACAGAUGAUUGAACCAGAAAUUGAUUUUAAUGACUAUAUUCGCCGAGCAUUAGUUUCACAAUGGGAUUGGAUUUCUACCUUACCACAAGAAGAUAGAGAUUAUACUGGACAGUUCAUUAUGGGCCGUUUCCUCCUAUCAAUGCUCGGAACAUCCCAAAAUGGCUAUCAACUUUACGAUUUUUCUUCUCAGGCAAUGCGUGAAACGAAACCGGAAGGAAUUACAGAUGAAUUCUUUGAGCAACCUAUUAUGCAUUUCGUUUCAUUAUUCGCAAAUGCCUGCUUAAGACAAAAUUCUGCUGCGGCCACAAAUCUUUACGAAUCUUACAAGCCAAUCCUUGAGACUGACAGUGAAUUCAAGAAGUGGUUUGAUGCAAUCAAAUCUAUUUAUUGCACUCAAAAUCAGGAACAAAAUGUACCAAACUUUGGAAAUAUAUUCCAAAAUGUUUUCCGUAUGUUCCAGCCACAACAGAACUAA